AUGAUAGUGCAAGAGAGUGAGUCUCAACAACCUAUCUACUUCAUUAGCCGAACGCUUCAAGAAUCCGAAGGUAGAUAUCAGCUGUUAGAAAAGGUGGCCCUCGGCCUCGUUCAUACAGCGCGACGACUUCGACAAUAUUUCCAGGGGCAUCAGGUUAUCGUCCGCACAGAUUGUCCGAUUUCCAAGGUGUUACGUAAGCCAGAAUUAGCAGGUCGAAUGAUGGCAUGGUCCAUCGAGCUUUCGAAAUUCGACAUCUCGUUUGAACCCAGAGGCCCCAUAAAGUCACAAUGUCUUGCCGACUUUGCUAAUGAAUUGCAGCCAAAAGGGCAUUUUCAAAGUAGCACCUGGACAAUGCACGUAGAUGGCUCGUCUAACAACCAAGGGAGUGGCGCCGGAAUAAUCUUGGAAGGGCCUACCGGUGUAACACUAGAACAAUCGCUACACUUCGCUUUCAAAGCCUCAAACAAUCAGGCCGAAUAUGAGGCAUUAUUGGUCGGCCUGCGGCUGGCACAUGAGGUAGGGGUUGCUAUCACCGUUUCCACAAUAUGUGCAACCAAUUCGAAGAAGUUCAACAUGGAAACCAACGAGUGCCUGGCAGUUUCUGAAUCGGAAACUUCUAGAACCAACACACCUUGGAUAACAACAUUACUCGAGUUCAUUCUACACGGCAAGGAGCCACCCGAGGACUCGGCCGCUAGGAAACUCCGAACUCAGGCGGCACAUUUCUCGGUCAUCGGCACAGAGUUGUACAAGAGAGGUUUUUCAACUCCAUUGUUCAAAUGUAUCGGGCUUGAACAAGCCGACUAUGUUUUGCGAGAAAUCCACGAAGGAAUUUGUGGGUCACACUCGGGUGGGAGAACCUUAGCUGCUAAAGUGCUCCGUGUCGGUUACUACUGGCCGACUCUCAAGGGUGAUUGUGCUCAAUUUGUCAAAAGAUGUGUUCAAUGUCAAAAGCAUGGUAACCUGAUUCACGCUUCGGCAGAACAACUGCACAGUGUCAGCUCGUCGUGGCCGUUCGCGUUGUGGGGAAUGGACAUACUUGGACCGUUUCCCAUCGCUAAAGGUCAGGACAAAUUUUUGCUAGUGGCAAUCGACUAUUUCACAAAGUGGAUCGAGGCUGAACCACUUGCUACGAUCACGGUAAACAACGUUCAGAAAUUCAUGUGGAAGAAUGUAAUUACGCACUUCGGCUUUCCUCAAGCCAUAGUAACGGACAAUGGCUUACAGUUUACCGAUUAG